UGCAAGUUUACUGCUUCGCUCAGACUGCCAUCUGAGAGACAAUUGAGACAAAGCUAUGGCCAAAGACGACGCUGUGGUGACUGGUUACUAUCGCUACACCGACAUCUGGUUCAACUGGCCAGAUGCGCUGACGGAGGAACAGAAGACCGUCGUCAAGGCUGUCUUGGCCCACGACGCGCUCGUAGACCCUAAUCAUCCGCUGCACGUUGAUGGCGUUGAAGGAGUCCAGCUUUAUCUGGGUACCUUCCCCAAUGGCCAGUCGCGCCUGCUGUUCUCGUCGGCGCAGAUUGAUUAUGUCCGUUACUGGCUGCACGCGAUGGGCCUGACGGAGACUGAGAUCCCGCUUCCCUACUCAAACUGCCUACUUCUCGAGUCCAGCCUCCGUCAGGUCUCUCCUAUCUCCUACAAGAAUGGAGGCGACCUUCGCGGCGCUAUCAAGCAAAUCGACAAGAACAACAAGAAGCUCAAGAAGUCCGAUCCCUUUCUAGGCACCCGACGCGAGCAGUUCGAGACUGUGCGCAAACUGUGGAACAGUAAGACCGGGACGUGGUUCGCGAUGGACUUCGAGCAGUGGGAGCGCGAUUCGACGAUGACCACCGAGUUCGGAUACAGCCUCACGAAGUGGGAGGAUGGAACGGCUGUUGGCGAGUGUGGACAUUAUGUGGUGAAGGAGUACCGUGGCUAUCGUAAUGGCCAGUACGUCCAGGACAACCGAGACCACUACAACUUUGGAGAGACACAAGACAUCACGAAGAAGGGCUUGAAGGAGAAGAUCGCGGAGAUGCUGACAGAGAUGGGGAAGAAAGGACCUGUCUUCUUAGUCUUCCAUGACUACAGAGGCGACAUACAAACCCUCAAGUCAAAGCAGAUUGAGGCGCCUCUUAGUGAUUUGACUUACCUGAUUCCCGACACGCCUCCCGAGAAGGGCAUGGUCGUUGUCGACACGUCUGAGGUCUUUGCGGGGCUCGAAGGCGAAGGCGACACGGCCAACCGCAAGUCGCUAGAGCAAGUAGCUCGCCUGCUGGAUCUGCACCCGCAGUUCAUGCACAACGCGGGGAACGAUGCUCAUUACACUAUGCUGGCGCUCAAGGAGAUGGCUGGUGGCGAGCAGCUCGACAUGCAGCGCGAGCGGCGGUGGCCGAAGAAGACAGGUGCGACGGCGGAGAGCUCAGUGAAGGUGCAGUGGGAGGACUGGGAGCUGGAUCCGGAGUAUGAGGACACGCAGGCCGUUCUCGACAGCCUGGCCGCCAGUGGCAAGGGCUACGAUCCUUACACGGGCCAACUGAUGGAGGACGACGAAUCUGACUACGACUGAAGGCACGGAAAAAUGUAGCAAUUCUCUUGGAACUCUAUAUCUCGUACCCAUUCUUGUACUCCCUAGCUAGCUUGUAUACUGUACCAAUACCCACCGACUGUCCUCAUUACACGCAGCAAUUGUUCACCCA